UUUACAGUGGAUUUUGAGAUUGAUGGUGACAUCAACGGCAUAGUAGAAAGUUCUAUUGAUAUUGUAGGAAGAUCAGAUGAUGGAGAUGCAAUUUUAGGUACUUCUGCUGAUGGGACACUCCAGCAUGGUCUUGAUAUUAAAGUGGAUGAAGAUUCUUCUGUCAGGGACUUAUUCCCACUGGAUGAGUCCCAAACUAUAAAUAGCUUGGGUCCUGCAGAUGAACCGUAUGUGGGCCAGGAGUUCGAAUCCGAACCAGAAGCACAUGCAUUUUAUAAUGCAUAUGCAACGCGAUUGGGGUUCAUCAUCCGUGUGAGCAAGCUUUCUCGAUCACGGCGUGAUGGAUCUGCCAUUGGUCGUGCGCUUGUUUGCAAUAAAGAGGGCUUCAGAAUGCCUGACAAGCGUGAGAAGAUUGUACGGCAACGAGCCGAAACAAGAGUUGGUUGCAGGGCCAUGAUUUUAGUUAGAAAAGUAAGCUCUGGGAAAUGGGUUAUCACAAAAUUUGUCAAGGAGCAUACUCAUCCUUUAUAUCCUGGCAAAGGUCGUAAAGAUCUAAUCUAUGAUCAAUAUCCCAAUGAGCAUGAUAAAAUCCGGGAGCUAACACAGCAGCUGUCUAUUGAGAAAAAGAAAUCUGCAACUUAUAAAAGGCAGUUGGAAAUGGUAUUUGAGCAUAUCGAAGAACACAAUCAAUCUCUUUCAAAGAAGAUUCAGGCCAUCGUGGACAAUGUGAGGGAGAUGGAGUCUAAAGAGCAACAAAGUGAUAGAUAAUGACUACAUAUUAAGAAUGAACAUGAAAGAAUCCGGGAACUAUCCUUACUGCUUUUAAUGGCUAAAAAUCGAGCUGCAACCUUUGAAAAGCAAGCUGCAACCUAUAAAAGGCAACUGGAUAUGAUUUGUCAGCACAGUGAGGAGCACAAUCAAUCGCUGUGAAAGAGAAUCCAAUAGCGAGUUGGAAUCUUAAGAGCAAUGAAAGUCAAUAGAUAAUUUUAGCAUAUGUUCAGGAUCUUCUACUAUUAUCAAAACAUUGUCUGUAGAUAGCUUCUCGAAAGCUGUUUGAUGAAGUUAACAUUGCUUCAGCUGCACAUUUUGAUGGAAGUGGAUUUAGCACAAAUGUCCACUGUGGUUUUUGAAUUUGUUUUAGUUCUUUGUAUUGAUAUGCUCAUUGUAGAAAUAGCAGGUGCACAAUAAUUUUCUCAUAUGCUGUUGAGACAAGCAUUUUCUGGUGUUUUUUAGAGAUCUCAAGAAAUUUGGAACUGUAAAAUUUGUAAUGAGCUCUGUUGCCUCGAAGCAUUUA